AGUCAUGCAUCCACACAGAGCAAUCAGGAAGCAGGACCUAGGAACAAACGGGCCAAAACAACUGAUGACUCUGAGCUUGAACUUGAUAAUAACAAAGCAACAGUGGCCAUUGAUCCAGUAAUGGAUGGUGCUAGUGAUAUUGAACUGGUAUUCAGGCCCCACCCAACACUUGUGGAAAAGGAUGGCCGUGCACAGACACGGUACAUAAAGACUUCAGGCAACGCUACUGUUGCUCACUUAUCCAAGUAUCUGGCUGUGAGGUCAGCUUUGGAAGAACUUGGAAGCAAAGGAGAAUCAAGCCAGAUGAACCUGGAUACGGCCAGUGAGAAGCAGUACACGAUUUACGCAGCGACAGCCAGGGGUAAGUUAACUGCAUUAAAUGGCUCCUUUUCUUUGGAAUUGGUCAGUGAGAAGUACUGGAAGGUGAACAAACCCAUGGAACUUUAUUAUGCACCCAACAAGGAGCACAAAUAAGCUUUGAAAAAUCAAUUCUAAGACUGAACUCUUCAUAGCCUAUUUCUUUCAUGUAAAGAUGCACCAUCAUUGCUUUCACGGACAAAUCUGAGAUAUGUUCAGUAUUCCUUCUG